GCCGAGCGAGUCUGCACGUGCGGGGCGGCAGCAGAGGCCAUCUGUUGGCGUAAAGGUCCUUUCAAACUCUCUGAGUGACCUUCUCAACGGGACCGAUAAGACGUGACACGUACUGUGCCGAGCCCUGAAAAGCCCACUGUAGAGGCGCCGGGACACUGGGACCUGCGAACAUGCCAGGAAACGCCACGCUGGCGCCCGGCCCUGUCUCCGUGCCCCUGACCCUGGAUGUGGACACCGUGAAGUGCAACCUGUCCUUCGAGGUGAGCCGAGUGUUCGUGGUGGCGGUGUACUGCUCCGUGUUCUCGCUGGGCCUGCCGGCCAACUGCCUGACGGCCUGGCUGACGCUGCUGCAGGCCCUGCAGGGCAACGUGCUGGCCGUCUACCUGUUCUGCCUGGCGCUCUGCGAGCUGCUCUACGCCAGCACCCUGCCGCUCUGGGUCAUCUACGUCCAGAACCAGCACCGCUGGACCCUGGGCCCGGGCGCCUGCAAGGUCACCGGCUACAUCUUCUUCUGCAACCUGUACGUGAGCAUCCUCUUCCUGUGCUGCGUCUCGUGCGACCGCUUCGUGGCGGUGGUGUACGCGCUGGAGAGCCGGGGCCGCCGCCGCCAGAGGACCGCCGUGCUCGUGUGCGUGUCCGUCUUCCUCCUCGUGGGGCUGGUUCACUACCCGGUGUUCCAGAUGGACGUCAAGGACACCUGCUUCGAGACGGCGCCCCCGAACGGCCAGAUCGCCCGCUACUACUACCUGCGGUUUGCAGUGGGCUUCGCGCUCCCGCUGUCCAUCAUCGCCUUCACCAACCACCGCAUCUUCAGGAGCGUCCGGCGGAGCGAGGGCCUGAGCGCCGCCCAGAAGGCGGGGGUGAAGCGCACGGCCAUCGCGGUCGUGGCCAUCUUCCUGGUGUGCUUCGCGCCCUACCACCUGGUGCUCCUCGCCAAAGCCGCCGCCUUCUCCUACUACGGCGGCGACGCGGGCCCCCUGUGCGCCUUCGAGACCCGGCUGUGCACCGUCUCCGUGAUGUUCCUGUGCCUGUCCACCGUGAACAGCGUGGCCGACCCCAUCAUCUACGUGCUGGCCACGGGCCACUCGCGGCAGGAAGUGUCCAGAAUCCACAGGGAGUGGAAGGAGCGGUACUCCCACACGGACGCCACCGAGCUCGUGCGUUCGAAGGGCUCCGGCGAGGCACAGUCGCCCACGUCGCUCACGGACAGCUGCGUGUUCCCGCAGCCCGUCCAGCCUCCAGGGCCACGGCCGGGCGCGUGGGCCUCGCUGUGCGCCCCGGAGAGGCUGGGCGAGGAGUCCUGCUGAGCCCGCUGGCCGUCGGGGCUCACGGCCAGCGCGGGAGUCCAGGGCCAGCCGCGUGACUUCUCCGUCCACUGAGCUGGCCGCAGAGCCCCCUCGGGCAGACGUGCCACCGAUUUCUCGUGAACCUCUGCACCUUGGGUCCCAGACCCCUAGGCUUGCCCUCUGGGCCCCACAUGGCAGGUGACAGCAAGCCCAGGCUAAGGGCCGCUGUCCCCAACAGCCGUGAGUGCAAGCAGUGUGGCUUGUUCCGGCUGGCCGGCUCGGCUGUCAGCAGAGGCCACGUGCCUGCCCGGUGCUGGGGGCAGCUGGCGCACGCUGGGUGUGGGGAGGGGCCCGGUCAUGACAUCGGCAUCCACGGAGACGACUUUAGUUUCUGGGCUUUUCUGUGGGUGUGGCUUCGAUGGCUGUGACAGUACCACGUGGGCCUCUAUGCUCUGCCCCCAACGACCAUGCACACUGAGCACCUACGAGCAGCGCCUGGUCAGUGCGGGGUGCACAGGCCUCCAGGGAGGAGCCCCACUCCGAGGCCCUCGGCAGGGCUGGCUCUGUUUCCCGGGGGGUCUGGUGCCGAAGGGCGCCCCUCGGGGUAGCUGUGGAGCAGAUGCCAGCGGCUCUGGUCCCCAGCAGGCAGCCACACGGCGUCGCAGGCGCUGUCAUAAACACCAUCGGCUGGAACCCCGGCGGACGCCAGGACGGGCGACGGCGGACAAGGAGGGCCAGAGGAUGGUGGGGAUCCCCUCCCUUCAAGGCGUCCUGGAUUCGUUGUCGGGGGAAGCGG